ACCGUGAGGAGCAUCGUGAAUUUUAUUUUGAUUGAAAAUUUGUAAUGUGAACGCUAUUGUAGCGUUAUUUGGUGUGUUAGUGCGUUGUUAUUGUUUUGUUUUACGUAUGUACCGUCAGCUUCCCAAGUGGAGCUCCUAAGAAGGCUACUCGCCAUGGCGGGGCCGUCGGACGGCGAGCCCGAAGGCUGGGCCGAGUUUUGCGAGCGUCAGGCCAAAGCGGCCGCUCAGGACUUCGCCAAGACCUGGCUGCAGUACAUACACACCAGCGGCAAUGACCCCCAACGGCCUCAAGUCACAAACAAGGAGUUAGUGAAAAGAUUCUGCGACUGCUUCUCCGAUCAGUUCGAAUUUGAGUUAGUGAAGUUAAAAACGCUAAAUAAAGUCCCGAACGGCACUCACACAGGCCACGAUGAGAGUGACUACUCAGAGGACACGGAUUCUCCUAAAACGCAACACAAGCCAUUCUUUCGCAGGUUAUCUUUCAAAUUGCGACGCGGUAAGGGUUUAUUUAAACAACAUUCGGAUGAAGUGGAACUGUCGUCGAAUUUGAAUAAACACAAUAAGACUAAACUAGCUAAGAUAGUAGUAGAGUGUAGGAAAGAAGGUCUGGUUAAUUAUUUGACCCCGGAAAGCUUAGAGCAGCCUGGAGGUCCUCAGAAAUGGGAGAGAUGUAGACUGGCACUUGUGAAGACUGUUGGAGGGUAUAUGCUGGAGUUCUAUUCCCCGCCGAAGGCACAGAAACCUCGCAGUGGUGUUUUUUGCUUUUUAAUAUCAGAAGCGAGAGAGACCACUGCUUUAGAAAUGCCUGACCAUGAAAAUACUUUUGUAUUAAAGGCAGACAACAAUAUGGAAUAUGUAAUAGAGGCGGCAGACGUAGACGAUAUGAAAUCCUGGCUGGCCACGAUCAAAUACUGUAUGCGAUCUCCGCCGACCACACAACCACCGCCCGAUGCGCUACCCGGCUUGCCUGAGCCGGCGCCACCAGACCUUCCGCCUCGGAGGGACCUGCCUCCUAGCACUAGUAACACUGACCUUGCCACGGAUACCCCGGAAGAGGCUGAAUUAGGUUCAAUAGCAGAAGAGGCGUGCGAAUCCUCCCGCGUAUCGCUAGCGGAAUGGCCGUGGUUCCACGGCACGCUGGCGCGCGCGGCGGCGGCGGCGUGCGUGCUAGCCGGUGGUGCGGCGGCGCACGGCUGCUACCUGGUGCGCCAGAGCGAGACGCGCCGAGGAGAAUAUGUGCUUACUUUCAACUUCCAAGGCCGCGCGAAGCACCUUCGCAUGACGCUCAGCGACUCGGGCCAGUGUCGGGUCCAGCACCUCUGGUUCCCGAACGUUCACGACAUGCUCGAACACUUCCGAGCCCACCCGAUCCCGCUCGAGUCGGGCGGCGCUGCUGACGUCACGCUGACGGAGUACGUCGUGUGCCAGGACUCUCAUCUGAACGUGACCCACGGUAGCGACGUGCGUAUGCGUCGAGCGGAGUUAGAAGCGCUUCUUCAAGCCAGCGGUGCUCCUCACGACACUCGGGCCGUGGAUAACCAAUACAGCUUCGUGUAGCCGUGGGCCGCGGUCAAAGCUGCGUGCUGCGCCACUGGUAGGCCAGAUAGGGUAUGAUGACGUCAGAAUCGCCC